UGCUGUGCGCGGAAAAAAUCGACGUGUCGACUCCGCAUACGCUUAGUGUGCUCUUUAUCCAGCGGCUAAGCGUCUGCGUGCUGACAGUUUUGUGUGGUUUUUUGAUGCCUAUAAACAGAAUGUCAGAUUUUCUUAAUUGUGUGACGUUGGACAAACAGUAGACAAUUAUUAACUUACCAAUAAAUACGUGGAAACAUACCAUUUCAGCACAGUAGACAUCUCCGUUGCCAAGAUGAAGUUUUUGGGGCUGAUAUGUCUUCUAGUGGUGUCGUUUAAUUUUACUGCAGUGCAAUCUGGCGUUAUUGACCCAUCCUAUCCUGAUGACUCGGUGGAUGGUAGUUCGGAUGAUUCACAGGAAGAGACAGAGGAAGAUUCAUCAAGCAACGACGACUCCAGUUGCAGUUCCUGCAAUUGUCCUUCUAAUAUAGACCUAGUUUGUGGCACGGACGGUAAAACGUAUUCAAACGAGUGCAUGCUAAAGUGUGCAAAUGACAACAGGGAAAAAUGUUUACCACCCAUAACCGUAAAGAGUAAGGGACAGUGUCCUCCGCCAUGCGAUUGCUGCCCUAACGAAAAGGCGCCGAUCUGCGCUUGUAACGAAAAAACGUACACCAGCAAAUGUUUCCUCGGUUGUGAAAACGCAAACAGAGCCGCACAAGGACUUUCAAAUUUAACGAUCUUGUACAAUGGGGAAUGCAUAUCUUGCGUUUGCACUUUGGAAUAUAAACCAGUAUGUGGUAAUGACAGCAUUACGUAUAGUAACAACUGUCAACUAGAAUGUGAAAAUAAAAAGAAAAAAGCUCAAGGUUUACCUCAGGCGAAAAUUCUUUACAAAGGACAAUGUGUCGCUUGCGCAUGUACGAAACAAUACGACCCUGUAUGUGGUAGCGACGGGAAAACAUAUGGUAAUGACUGCACGUUCAACUGCGAAAAUGAAAAGAGAUGCAGACAGGGCCUAAAUAAUUUAACAAUACAAUACAAAGGAGAAUGCGUCAACUGUGUCUGUACUGACGACUAUAAGCCGGUAUGUGGUGUCGAUAACAAGACAUACAGUAACGCUUGUGUUUUAAACUGUGAAAACAAGAAGAAAGAAAGAUGUGGUUUGAAACCUAUUAAAGAAGAUUAUAAAGGUGAAUGCGUCAAGUGUUCCUGCAAAUGUGAAAAGGCACCAGUUUGUGAUACAGAUGGUAAUUCUCAUGACAGUCAAUGCGAGCUGGAUUGUGAAAAUAAGAGAAGAGAAAAGCGAGGCCAAAAACCAGUAUGUGUCGAUUACAAAGGAAAAUGUGUCGACUGUGUCUGCACUGCCGACUAUAACCCGGUGUGUGGUGUCGAUAACAAGACAUACAGUAAUGCUUGUGUUUUAGGCUGUGAAAACAAGAAGAAGGAAAGACGUGGUUUGAAACCUGUUAAAGAAGAUUAUAAAGGUGAAUGCGUCAAAUGUUCCUGCAAAUGUGAAAAGGCACCAGUUUGUGAUACAGAUGGUAAUUCUCAUGACAGUCAAUGCGAGCUGGACUGUGAAAACAAGAGAAGAGAAAAGCGAGGCCAAAAACCAGUAUGUGUCGAUUACAAAGGAAAAUGUGUCGACUGUGUCUGCACUGCCGACUAUAACCCGGUGUGUGGUGUCGAUAACAAGACAUACAGUAAUGCUUGUGUUUUAGGCUGUGAAAACAAGAAGAAGGAAAGACGUGGUUUGAAACCUGUUAAAGAAGAUUAUAAAGGUGAAUGCGUCAAAUGUUCCUGCAAAUGUGAAAAGGCACCAGUUUGUGAUACAGAUGGUAAUUCUCAUGACAGUCAAUGCGAGCUGGACUGUGAAAACAAGAGAAGAGAAAAGCGAGGCCAAAAACCUGUAUGUGUCGAUUACAAAGGAAAAUGUGUCGACUGUGUCUGCACUGCCGACUAUAACCCGGUGUGUGGUGUCGAUAACAAGACAUACAGUAAUGCUUGUGUUUUAGGCUGUGAAAACAAGAAGAAGGAAAGACGUGGUUUGAAACCUGUUAAAGAAGAUUAUAAAGGUGAAUGCGUCAAAUGUUCCUGCAAAUGUGAAAAGGCACCAGUUUGUGAUACAGAUGGUAAUUCUCAUGACAGUCAAUGCGAGCUGGACUGUGAAAACAAGAGAAGAGAAAAGCGAGGCCAAAAACCAGUAUGUGUCGAUUACAAAGGAAAAUGUGUCGACUGUGUCUGCACUGCCGACUAUAAGCCGGUGUGUGGUGUCGAUAACAAGACAUACAGUAAUGCUUGUGUUUUAGGCUGUGAAAACAAGAAGAAGGAAAGACGUGGUUUGAAACCUGUUAAAGAAGAUUAUAAAGGUGAAUGCGUCAAAUGUUCCUGCAAAUGUGAAAAGGCACCAGUUUGUGAUACAGAUGGUAAAUCGCAUGACAGUCAAUGCGAGCUGGACUGUGAAAACAAGAGAAGAGUAAAGCGAGGCCAAAAACCAGCUUGUGUCGAUUACAAAGGAAAAUGUGUCGACUGUGUCUGCACUGCCGACUAUAACCCGGUGUGUGGUGUCGAUAACAAGACAUACAGUAAUGCUUGUGUUUUAGGCUGUGAAAACAAGAAGAAGGAAAGACGUGGUUUGAAACCUGUUAAAGAAGAUUAUAAAGGUGAAUGCGUCAAAUGUUCCUGCAAAUGUGAAAAGGCACCAGUUUGUGAUACAGAUGGUAAUUCUCAUGACAGUCAAUGCGAGCUGGACUGUGAAAACAAGAGAAGAGAAAAGCGAGGUCAAAAACCAGUAUGUGUCGAUUACAAAGGAAAAUGUGUCGACUGUGUUUGCACUGCCGACUAUAAGCCGGUGUGUGGUGUCGAUAAUAAGACAUACAGUAAUGCUUGUGUUUUAGGCUGCGAAAACAAGAAGAAAGAAAGACGUGGUUUGAAACCUGUUAAAGAAGAUUAUAAAGGUGAAUGCGUCAAAUGUUCCUGCAAAUGUGAAAAGGCGCCAGUUUGUGAUACAGAUGGUAAAUCGCAUGACAGUAAGUGCGAGUUGGACUGUGAAAACAAGAGAAGAGUAAAGCGAGGCCAAAAACCAGUAUGUGUCGAUUACAAAGGAAAAUGUGUAAAUUGCAUCUGCACUGCCGAUUAUAAUCCUGUAUGUGGUGAUGAUGGUAAGACCUAUGGUAAUUGUUGUGGCUUAGAAUGUGAAAAUAAACGAAGAGAAAAGAGAUGCUCGAAUUUAAAACCCAUUAAAGUAGAUUACAAAGGAGAAUGCGUUGCUUGUUCUUGUACUAAAGAUAAGAAUCCCGUAUGCGGCACUGAUGAAAAAACAUAUAGUAACAAAUGCUUAUUAGAAUGUGAAAACAAGAAAAGGUUAAAGCGUAAACAGAAGCCAUUAACUAUUGAUUACAAUGGUAAUUGCAUCAAUUGUAAAUGCACAACUGACAAAAAGCCAGUAUGUUCCAACGAUAGAAAAACUUACAGCAAUGUCUGUCUACUUAAUUGUGAAAACCAUAAGCGAGAAAGGAAAGGAUUACCAAAAUUGACGGUAUCUUAUGAAGGAGAGUGUGUUGUCUGUUUAUGCACAAAAGACUAUAAACCAGUAUGCGGCAGUGAUAGAAAAACAUAUAGCAACAAAUGCUUAUUUGAUUGUGAAAACAAGAAGCGAGAUAAGCUUUGCAUCUCACGUUUGACUCUUGCUUACCCGGGAGUUUGUAUAAAAUGUGAUUGCCCUCUUGAUGGUAAACCAGUAUGUGCUACUGAUGGAAAAAUUUAUAAAAACGCUUGCCUUUUAAAUUGUGAAAACCAAAAGAGGAAACGGCAAAAUUUAUGUGACUUGACCGUGCAAUGCAUGUCUAAAUGCAAAAAGUGUGAUAAGUAGUCAUUGAAUAGAAUAAAAGAGCUAUUUUAGAUUUUGCCAAUAUUGAAUUUUGUUUAUAAUUCAAAUUAUUUUGGAAAUUCUCAACACUAUUUUGGAUAUUGUUAAUACUGAUUUAUUUAUUAAAUGAAUUAAAAA